GUUAUACACCUCUGGUGAUUUGAUAGAGUGAGUGUGAAUGGAAUCUUAAAAAAAAGUUACGGAGUACAAUGAAACGGAAUUUUGAAAUCCAAACGACGGCCUCUUCAGUUUAAACUUUAGAAGGAAAGAAGAAAAGAUGUUGGAAGCCCGGAGUCUAAAGAAAGCGAUAAUACCUUCAUCACUCAUUGACUUUCCUUCUCCCGCCAAUCUUCAAUCCAAUCGCCUCUCCCUUCAUGUGAAUGAAGAUGGAACUUCUUGCUGGCUUUAUGUGGCCUCUGGUGUCCAUGUUUAUCGCCUUUUGGUCUCUUUGAAAGAUUCUUCAAUUGACGAAGGAAAGGAUAGCCUCCUUAUACCUGAACUAACUCAGGUACUGGACUCCGCCAUUGUGAACCGCUGCCCUCAUCGGUCAGAAAUUCAGACUAUAGUAUUGAAUGAAACUGAGAAUAGUGAUUGCUUAAUAUUGGGAAGUGUUGACUCCUAUGGACAUCUUAUUGUUUCCAGAUUGGACAGUAAUGGUAAAGAUGUUGAAAGGCUUACGUUUUCUGUAUCACCUCGGGAUUUUGGAGUCGGAGAAGCUGGGUGGGCAGGGCUUUCCUUUAGUCCAAGUCAAUGGUCGACGACUGCUGUGGCUCAUAGCUUUGGCAAGAGUAUUGAUGUAUAUGAUCAGGAUCUUCAUCUUCGGACUUUCCGUACAUUGUGGUACCCUACAGCAGUAAACUUUGUACAAAACUUAUACAGUGGCAAUGAGAGUUCAAUAUUGGCUGUUACAGAAGGCUGCCAGCUGUCAAUAUGGGACGUGAGAUUAAAAGAAAAAGGUGGGUGUGUGCACAGAAUUUGUGGUUCAGUUGGAGACGUAUUAUAUGCAGUUUGCAACUCCUCAAGUGGUAAUAUUGCAGUUGGUGGAUCUGAUCGUACUAUGACUAUCUAUGAUCCCCGCAGAUGGGCAGCUGUAUCAAGAUGGGUGAACUGCUCAAAAUAUGAGAUAACUGGGAUAUCUUUCUCUUCAGUUGACUCUAAUUAUGCCUACAUCCAAGGAGUUGAUUAUGAGGUAUUUUGUGGACAAUGGAAAGAAAAUAAGAAAGCGUUUUCAUUUAGAGGCGAUUCAAAUUGGCUUGGUUUUAGUAAGUGUCAGAACAGGGAUGUUUUGGGGGGAUGGUGCGAUUCUGGCAGCAUAUUUGUAGCUGAUGUAGUUGAAGGUAAAGAAAGAUGAAGCGUAGGUUUCAAUUGUAUUUUCAUUUAGCAACCGCCAAGUGUCAAUGUAGCACUAAUCCUCUGCAUUUUGGUAGUACUACUUCAUAGUGUGCACUGUGUAGCUCAACAUAACAUUUGCAUGUUAUUUGAUACAUUCUAUAGUGUGAACAAGUAUGGAGACAUUGGGUUUCCUUGUCUUA